GAUGCAUCUUGCGCCAUGUACCAAUGCCACAUUCUGCUCCCUUCGCAAUUGACGCCCAAGGAACAUAGCUAUCGAAAGGCCUCCGUUCCACCUUGCUGCUAGCUAAAGUCCUGUCGAACAAUAGUAGAUGCACGCCUUCUCCAUUGUGACUAUUGGAAUCUUCGUCGCGGGGUACUCGACUGCGCGCUGGGACCUCGUCACUCGCCUAUACGAGCUGGCCAUAUUCGCCUGGGACCACGGAGUCGUUACAAGAGCUGCAAAGGCAUUUGCGGUGCUGUCGGUCUUCUUCUUCCUCUUGAUACUACCCGUCACGCGCAUUGCGGCGCAAGAGACGGACCUGCACCCACGGCUCACAGGCGGCGGCACCUCUGCACGCGAGCAGCUCAAACGUCGCGGCUCGUUCUAGCGGGGUAGCAGGAUGUUGACAUGGUCACACGCAAUGGGUUGAUGCGCAUAUUUUGGCCAUCUGAUGCGCCAAGAGGUCCCUCGCCGGCUGUGCUCGUGGGGUUUAAAAACUCGGAAUCAGACGUCUUUGUAGUAGCCGUGCUACAAGAUGUGGAGCUACGACACGUUGAGAACGCGCUGGUCGUAGGCACAUUACUGCGACAUAGUGCGCACGAUAUCCAAGAAUUGCUGCAACGAUGUGGCCAUUCUUCCCUUCAUAUCUUGGGCUGCGUGAACCCAAAGUCACCACCCGACCAUUUCGAUACGAAUUUCACCGCCGUCUAUACUGAACCUUCGGUCCGCCUCCCGCGUCUACACCACCCCGCCGAUACGCUUAUAACCACGCAAGUCAUCAUCUACGACCGACCACACCCUACGCGCAUGCAGUAUCUCUCGCUGCAGCCCAUAUCGCUCGCUCUGGGAGACAAGACAAGGGUCGUAGAAUGGGAUGCAGCCUUUGAAGAGCUGGAGGUGGCUGAGGACAAGGAGCGGGAAAGGAGAAAGAAGCUCGUCGAAAAGCUAAAGCUCCAUAAGGUCAUCUCGCAUCCGCCAACGCAAAAGGAACUGGCGCUGCCAAUGCUUAUCGAGCAGGUAAACUGUUCGCAUGAAUUGAAUACCCUUCUCCAGAAAAACAUUGGAACGAUCAGCAGGCGCAUGAAGCGCGCCUUGAGUGUUAGUGAGCGAGUGGUGGAAUCCGCAAACGAUCUCUGGGAUUACCUCUACAUUGCACUCAGCUACGUUCUUGGGACUUGGGUCUGGCCCGUGAUCGCACAACUCUUCGUUAUUGGUCUCAUCACUCAACGCAUUAUGGGAGAGGCAGUCCUGCGGUUUCUACACUGGCAACCCGGAUCAUCUGGCUCGCCUGCAUUAAAGGACAUAUCGGCUACAGCACAGCAGAUUGACAUCCGGCUGCAGCAGUCCUGCUACUGGCCUAUUCAAUAUCUCACCUUGCGCAAGAGGAAGGCCAAUUGGGAGAGCAUCACAAAUAGCCACCCCGAGUACAUCCGCUUCUAUAAUAGUCUUUGGCUGGUUGCGAACGAUGUCAUCAUGGGCAUUGCCUUGGGUUCUUACAUCAUCGAGAACGCUUCUUUCGUGGCAGCUCAGGUCGAGACUGUCUUCAGUACUUGGUCGGUCGAAGGAUUGCGACGCAUGAUAUCUUGGCUUAUGGGAUGGCCUGGUGGUUUGAAGUUGAACACCGAGCUAGCCGAGUUCCUGGGAGACUUGUUCCUCUGGGUAAUUGACUACUGGGCUGGGUGUAUAUUGCUCCUUCGACCGCACCUGCCCAUGCUUAUACAGAUCAUUGGCUUCUCAGCUUUCGCUGGUGCCACGAUGCCCAUCUCCAUCUUUUCGGACCUCGUAUCUCUACUGACGCUCCACAUCUACUCCUUCUACAUCGCAUCCGCGCGCAUAUUCAACUGGCAGCUCACCAUCAUUAUCUCCCUCUUCCACUUAUUUCGGGGCAAGAAACGCAACGUGCUCCGCAAUCGAAUCGACUCGUGCGACUACGACUUGGACCAGCUGCUUCUGGGCACCAUUUUCUUCACGUUACAGUUCUUCCUACUUCCGACGGUGUUUGUCUUCUACCUGACGUUUGCAAGUGCAAGAAUUGCUGUUAUUGGACUCAAGGCCGGGCUGGAGAUGGGCCUGGCGUGUCUGAACCACUUUCCAUUGUUUGCGUUAAUGUUACGGCUCAAGGAUCCGGGGCGACUGCCUGGUGGCAUCUGCUUUGAAUUGAAGCAUACGAAUGGUGAUGUCAAGUCUCGCAUUAAAGGUGCCUCGAACUCAGCGCCCACUGCUUACGUGCUGCUAAAGUCAGUACCGCUCUCACUCCGCGCAAUGUUUCAGCCCUACUUCGAGCUUGGUGAUCGCAUACGGAAACACUACUUCUCGCCUAGGGUUUUGUUGAACCUGGCCUCGGGGCAGUUUGUGCCGCCUAUACAUCGCCGCAAUCUGUACAGCCUUCAAUAUAGCAUGCUACCAGCGAGGAGAGCGAGUGUUGGAGAGCUAUGGAGGAAGCUCACCGAGAAUGGAAAUGACCCGGCGCAUGUGCCCAACGGGUAUCCUUCUUUACGACCGAGACGAGGGUUGCGGAAUGGUAUGGGUAGAAAGGAUGGUAAAUAAAAUAGACAGCU